UUCAUUCUGAUCAUUGAAACGGCAUGUCGUUGCGUGUUGUUUCAGGAGGUUACGACCACACUAUUCGUUUAUGGGAUGCUGUUACUGGCACGAAUGAUCAAACUUUACAGUUCAACGAGUCACAAGUGAAUCAAGUCCAGUUUUCCUUGGAUGGUCGUUUGGUCGCCGUGUGUGGUAAUCCUCGUGUAUGUUUCUACGAUAUCCAAAGUGGCAGCACGAGUCCUGUGCUUUCGUUAGAAUAUCAUCGCAAUAAUGUAUCGCAACUAGUAUGGAGUGAAAGUGGACCUUUUGCAAUAACUUGUUCGGAAGACACGUGGUUAUGUGAGUGGGAUAUGCGGGCUUCUGAACCGUUGAGAUCUUGUAAAAGCGAUGGUUGUUUAAGCGGUGUAGUAUAUGGUAAUCGAAAAGAUGAAUGUUUUACUUGUGAUUACGGAGGGUCGAUCAAAAUUUGGUCGUUGGAGAACAAGGAAGUUUUGGCUAGGUUGGUUUUUGGAGACCAGGAAAUAUUAUCAGGGUUGGUAUUCGAUCCCUUGCAUCAUCUCGUUGCAAGCAUAGGAAAUAGUGGUUAUGGUUAUCUUUUUCGAGUAGAAACAGAAGAGGAGGAAAAGGAAUCUACUUCUAUGAAGGAUGAAGGUAGUAUGAGCAACCAGACGGAUGAUGGAUAUUUUAGUCGUGUGACCAAGUUGCGUUGUUCCAAACGUUACGUAUUGAAGGCAAGGUUUAAUCGUGAUGCCAGUUUGUUGGUAAGUGCUGGAGAUGAUGGAAAUAUUCGGGUUUGGGGAGAUGAAAAGGUAGCCGAUCGGUACCAAGAACAACGUUGGCAACAAAGUCGGUUGGUAGGAAAACAUCAGAAAUGGGCAUGGGAUUGUCUUUUCACUCGAGACACGCGAUAUGUAUUUUCCGCUUCUUCUGAUAAGAGAAUUUGUUUAUGGGAUAUUGAAACAGGAGACUUGAUGAAAGAAUACAAAGGACAUCAAAAAGCAAUUACUUCUAUAGACACUUUUCCUACAACCACAGACAAUGAUUAGAGAUUAUACAUUUGCAGCUUCGUCCACAACAAGCCUCUGUAUGAGAAACCAACAAACAUAGCAUGAACCUAAAUCUUUCUAGGAUAAGUAUUCAAGUAUCCACAUAUUGUGUUGCAACAGUUUGAACAAAAGGGUAAAUUUGAAUCAGUGAGAAGAUUAGUCUUGUGAUUCAUAUACAAAACAACCAUCUAUAAGAUAUAUAGAUAUGAGUUGUUUUUGUAUUCACUGGAUUUCUCAAAGUCAUCAUAUGCCGCUAGGGACCAUUAUAUAUAUAUAUAUAUGUGUGUGUGUGCGCGUGUGUGUAAGU